CAGUUCUUAAAAGGAACCACUCACCCAAUUCCUCUUUUUUCCUCGCAAUCGAAGAAGAAGUUCACUCUCACUGUCAUCACAAAUGGAUCUCAGCGAAGAAGUUAGGGCAGCUCACAAGCGAGAAUUCGCCGAUUUCCUCGAUCAAGAUGUUGGACAAGGCAUUUACAUGAAGGAGAUGAAAUCCCUCAUCAACCUCAAGCGUCGCCGCCUCAUCGUCGACAUCUCCGAUCUCCACAACUUCCGCGACUUGGGAAACAGGAUUUUGAGGAAUCCUAGUGAGUACAUGCAAUCCUUCUGCGAUGCGGUCACGGAUGCGGUUCGUGCUAUUGAUCCCAAGUUUUUGAAGGAAGGGGAACAGGUGCUUGUGGGAUUUGAAGGUCCUUUUGUUUCUCGCCGAGUCACUCCCCGGGAACUUCUGUCUCAAUUCAUUGGUUCCAUGGUCUGUGUUGAGGGCAUUGUCACAAAAUGUUCUCUUGUUAGGCCAAAGGUUGUUAAAAGUGUUCAUUUCUGCCCCACCACGGGAAACUUCACCACUCGUGAUUAUCGAGAUAUUACAUCCAAUUUGGGCUUGCCAACAGGGUCUGUUUAUCCUACAAGGGAUGAAAAUGGCAACUUACUUGUCACUGAGUUUGGAUUGUGCAAAUAUAAAGAUCAUCAAACCUUGUCCAUGCAAGAAGUUCCUGAGAAUUCUGCUCCUGGUCAGCUCCCAAGAACAGUGGAUAUCAUAGUGGAGGAUGACCUUGUUGAUUCUUGCAAGCCAGGAGAUCGUGUGGCAAUUGUGGGGAUAUAUAAGGCUCUUCCAGGAAAAAGCCAAGGCAGUGUGAAUGGUGUAUUUAGGACUGUGCUCAUAGCGAACAAUGUUUCUCUUCUCAACAAAGAGGCUAAUGCUCCAUUUUUUAGUACUACCGACCUCAGUGACAUAAAAAAGUUAGCUAAAAGAAAUGAUAUAUUUGACCUGCUUGGUAAUUCAAUUGCACCUUCUAUAUACGGACAUACUUGGAUAAAGAAAGCAGUGAUUUUGUUGAUGCUUAGUGGAGUGGAGAAGAACUUAAAGAAUGGCACUCACUUGCGAGGUGACAUUAACAUGAUGAUGGUCGGUGAUCCCUCUGUUGCCAAGUCUCAACUCUUGCGAGCAAUUAUGAAUAUUGCUCCCCUGGCCAUAUCAACAACAGGCCGGGGUUCUUCUGGGGUUGGUUUGACAGCAGCAGUUACUUCUGAUCAAGAAACUGGGGAAAGAAGACUAGAAGCUGGGGCAAUGGUUCUUGCUGACAGAGGUGUUGUCUGCAUUGAUGAGUUUGACAAGAUGAAUGAUCAAGAUCGUGUUGCAAUACACGAAGUUAUGGAACAGCAGACUGUGACAAUUGCGAAAGCAGGGAUCCAUGCAUCGCUUAAUGCUCGAUGCAGUGUGGUGGCUGCUGCGAAUCCCAUAUAUGGAACUUAUGAUCGUUCGUUGACCCCAACUAAAAAUAUUGGACUACCAGACUCCUUGCUUUCUCGAUUUGAUCUACUUUUUAUUGUGUUGGAUCAAAUGGAUCCUGAUAUUGAUCGUCGAAUAUCAGAGCAUGUCCUGCGUAUGCAUCGAUUUCUUUCGCCCAUGGAUGGAGGUGGGGCAGCACUAGAUGGGAGCUCAGGAUAUGGAAGACAAGAUGAAGCUGAUGCAGAAUCAUCUAUCUUUGUCCAAUAUAACAGAAUGUUACAUGGGAAGAAAACUGUAAAAGGAAACAAACGUGAUACACUCACUAUAAAGUUUCUUAAAAAGUAUAUCCAUUAUGCUAAGCAUAGGGUUCAACCUGAUUUGACUGAUGAGGCAUCUGACCAGAUAGCCACAGCAUAUGCUGAGCUCAGAAAUUCAAAUUCAAAUGCUAAGACUGGAGGAACGCUUCCUAUAACUGCGAGAACUUUAGAAACCAUUAUACGUCUCUCAACUGCUCAUGCCAAAUUGAGGUUGAGCAUGCAGGUUACAAAGACUGAUGUUGACGCUGCUUUGAAGGUUCUUAAUUUUGCGAUAUAUCACAAAGAACUGACAGAAAUGGAGGACCGUGAGCAAGAGAGGGAGAGAGAAUUGGAGAGGAAGCGUGUUGCUGAUGGUGAUAAUGCUGGUCCUGAGCGUGAUCCUAAACGUACACGAGGGUCAACAUCAGAUGCCAUGGAAGUGGACGAUGAUUCAGCAGCCCCAUCUGCUGUCAGUCUCACUCCUGAAAGAAUCGAAGCAUUUAACUCUCUAUUUGGUCAGCAUAUGCGUGCCAACCGCUUGGACCAAAUAUCUAUUGCAGACAUUGAGGAUGUUAUCAAAGGAUCUGAUUCCAUAUACAGCUCAGAGGAUAUAUUAGUCCUAUUAGAGAAGUUGCAAGAGGACAAUAGAGUGAUGAUAGUUGCUGGAAUGGUGCAUAUGAUAUCAGGUUGAUCAGUGCACAAUCUCGUGAAUGAUGAUUCAGGCAGGGAACAGAAUUUGCUACCGUGUAGUAUGCAGCUUACAUUGGUGGGAGACUUAGAGAAGGAUUUUCAAUGUUCAGAGUUUAUAUCUAUUUACUUGCUGGCUGGGAGCUUUCUGCUAAUACUGCAAACAAUGAGAUAGAUAAUCUAUGUGAUUGUGUUGGACAUAGUCAUUACUGAGUUUUUGGGGGGCCUCUUUGAAAGUUCUUAGUUCUGUCCAUAAUUUGACUCCACGUCUCCACCUAUAUCUUGAUGUAUUUCAGUGCUGCAAACCUUCGUUAUUUAAUUUGUUUUGGGGCAGAUUUCUUGAGCGUGCGUUUGCUAGGAUAUAAUUUGUAAGUUUUUCAGAAAUUUUAGUUUAGAAAUCUUAGAUUGCUGCUA